CAUCACUUGUGCAUCCGCCUAGUUUUAUUUUUUUAAGCAAUGAAGGAUAUCUACAAGGACGACGAGCUCAUGAUCCCCGCUGGUGUCGAGGUCACCGUCAAGGCCCGCGAUGUCACCGUUAAGGGUCCCCGUGGUGUUUUGAACAAGAACCUCCGUCACUUGAACAUCGAGAUCAAGUUCGAGGGUAAGGACAAGCUCAAGUUUGUCGUUCACCACGGUCUCCGCAAGCACGUUGCCUGCAUUCGUACCGUCCGCUCUUUGAUCAACAACAUGAUCACCGGUGUUACCAAGGGCUUCGAGUACAAGAUGCGUUACGUAUACGCACAUUUCCCCAUCAACUGCAUCAUCAACAACGGUGGUAAGGAUGUCGAAAUCCGUAACUUCCUCGGCCAGAAGGUUGUCUUCCGCGUCCAGAUGCGCGAGGGUGUCCACAUUGAGGCUUCCAAGAACCAGAAGGAUGAGUUGACCCUCACCGGUAACGAUCUUGAGGCUGUCUCCCAGUCCGCUGCCGAUAUCCAGCAGUCUUGCCUCGUCAAGAACAAGGAUAUCCGUAAGUUCUUGGAUGGUAUCUACGUCUCUGAGCGCAAUGUCCUUGAGGAGGCUUAAAAAUCGUCCUUUGACCUAUCAUAAGCCAUACUUUAUUUUUUCUCUCUAUUUUUAAAAUAAAACAACUAUAAAGGGAUGCACAGUAGGGAAACGGGUUUUGGGGUCACUGAAAAUUAUGAAUAAACGUUUGACGUUAAGACCUG